AUGGCUGGAGCUUUGCCGCGUAGAAUAAUCAAGGAAACGCAAAGACUUAUGGCUGACCCAGUGCCAGGCAUCUCUGCAAGUCCAGACGACAACAAUGCACGUUAUUUCCAUGUCAUGAUUGCUGGGCCUCAGGAUUCUCCUUUCGCUGGCGGUGUGUUCAAAUUGGAGUUGUUCUUACCAGAGGAAUAUCCCAUGGCAGCGCCAAGGUAG